CCUAACUUUUUUGUUUACCAGGGAAAAAAAAAAACACUCAUUCUUCUACCUUCCUUUCAUCCUUAUCUUUUCAUAUUACAUUAUAUUAUAUUGUAUAUUAUCUUUGAUCUGGUAUCAAUUGCAUUAUUUUAUUCUUUCAUCAAUUCAAUCAAAACUUAAACUCUAUACACAAUGUCUGCUGCUGAUGCUCCAAAGCCUUUACCUUUUAUCUACCAAUUUGGUGCAGGUGCCAUUGCUGGUGUCUCAGAAAUCUUGGUUAUGUAUCCAUUAGAUGUGGUUAAAACUAGACAACAAUUAGCCACUACCGAUGCUUAUAAUGGUACUCUUAAUUGUUUAAAGAAAAUCGUGGCUGAAGAAGGAUUCUCAAGAUUAUAUAAAGGGAUUUCAGCUCCAAUUUUAAUGGAAGCUCCAAAGAGAGCAACUAAAUUCGCUGCCAAUGAUGAAUGGGGAAAAUUCUACAGAAAACAAUUUGGUGUAAGUGAAAUGACUCAAUCUUUAGCUAUUUUAACUGGUGCCACUGCUGGUGCCACUGAAUCCUUCGUGGUGGUUCCUUUCGAAUUAAUCAAAAUUAGAUUACAAGAUAAAAGUACUAAAUUUAAUGGUAUGUUCGAUGUGGUUAAAGAUAUUGUUAAAAACAAUGGUUUAUUAGGAUUAUAUAAAGGUAUGGAAUCUACUUUAUGGAGACAUAUUUGGUGGAAUGCUGGUUAUUUCGGUGUCAUUCAUCAAGUUAGAGGUUUAAUGCCAAAACCAAAAACUUCAGGUGAAAAGACUUUAAUCGAUUUAACUUGUGGUUCGAUUGGUGGUACUUUUGGUACUAUAUUAAAUACUCCAUUUGAUGUGGUUAAAUCAAGAAUUCAAGCUGGUUCAACCAGAUAUAAAUGGACUUAUCCAUCAUUAGUCAUAGUAGCUAAAGAAGAAGGAUUUGCCGCUUUAUAUAAAGGUUUCGUUCCAAAAGUUUUAAGAUUAGGUCCAGGUGGUGGUAUUCUUUUGGUGGUAUAUACUGCUGCCAUUGAAUUCUUUAGAACUAUUCAUGAAGGUAAAUAAGUAAAGUAAAUAGGAGUUUGCAAUUUUUCAAAGUCGCAAAAAGCUAAAAAAAAAAU